AUGAACCUGCUCAGACCCAUCCACGACCCCACCUUGCGCAUCAUGGUAAUGGAUAGUGCAGACGCCCAGCCCUCCUCGGCUCCACAAAGCCCUCAAAACACCGCCGACAAAGCCGUCAACAGCCCCAUGGUAAGUUAUUGUAGUUUAGUAUUGCAAAGAUUUUGUAAAGUGGAUUUUACUGCAUAGAUAAUUUUUGAGAAGCUUAAACAUAAUCAAUAUUAUGUUGUUCAAAUAAUUAUGUGCUCCCUAACCCACAAAUUCUUUGGCAUAUAUAGUCCCUUCUAGUCAAACGCUACCCAAAACUAACGUCCUUUUCCAAUUUUCUGCCAUUCUUUAUACUAUAUACCUUUAUAUUGUAAUAUCCUUGUUUUUAUUGUAAUGUCCUGUUUGGGUUGUGUUUUGCGAAAAGCCCGUAGGGAAUUUGUUGAUUCAUAAUAUUCAAAUUCGAAGUGAUUUGUUGAUCUUUAAAGCCGUUUUCAAAGGUUUUUCGACGGUUUUCUAGCCGUUUUUUAAAGUUUUUACCAACUAAUAGUUAUGAAAAUCUACAACGUCUAUAACAGAGUAAGAUUUAAGUAAGAUUAUGAUUAAACUUAGCUAUGAACUUUUUAAAAUAGUCUAAAAUGAAGUCUUCUACUAUAAUUGUUACCUAAAAUUUGAAAAUGGACCAAAUAAAUAUAGUAAACGAUUUUUUUUGUAAGUCUAAGGUGCUAUUCGUAACAAUAUAUAAUUGAAAACACUUUCAGACAUCAGACGACACAGAUGAAGACACGAUACUGGACUCACCGCCAGUACGGCGGCGAUACCAAGCCUAUACUGUGAUGCAAAGGAGUGGUUUUCAGCACACUGAGUAAGUUAUUUUACUUUGCAUUAUUUAUCACUUAACUAUUAUUAAAAAAUAAAAAAAAACUUAAGAAAACAUAGCCUUGACAACCGUAUUUUAGCCUAUAAAGCUAUUUGCUUCGGUCAUUCUCACUUUAAAAUUUGUUUUUGUUUUUCUGACGUCAAGAACUAUAUUUUUGUUAUCUAAAACAUCAUUUUGAGUCGAAAAUACCGUAUUUUAUUAUCUAAGACAUCACUUUGAGAAAAAGUAUCGUAAAAACAAACUAAUUUACUUUGAACAUGGUCUAUUACAAGGAAAAGGUCUAUAAUAAUAUAGAGAUCAAAGAUUAUUAGGCAAUUAUUCGUAUGGUUUAAUAGAAAAUCUUUAUUAUUUUGAUAUUAAAAAUAACUCUGUCUAUCUAUACCUUCAAUUAGGUAGUGCUAAAUUAAAGUUUUCAAAAUUUAAAAUGACUUAAAUUUUACUUUUAAAAAAAUUUUAAUUAAAAAAUAAUCGAUAUUCAUCUUCUUUGCCCCAGAUUCCACUUGAUGGUAAUAAAAAACAUUUCAAACUUUUAAAAUAAACUUCAAAUUCAAAACAAACCUAAAAUGAAACUUUGUAGGUAUGUCCAGAUAAUUACCCACUUGUGCAAAGCCGAGAUCCUUAUCAGUAUCAUCUUUAUGUGCCAUGGUCUCUCCUGUCCAGGCUUCCAAACUGACACUGUAUAUCAAUCAACAUGUCAUAUUAAUGUACUGGCAGCGUUAGUAGGUAUCUUCACUGGUGGCGUGGGUCUUGGGGCUGUUCACAAGUUCAGGUGGAAGAACAUGCUCGUGAUGUGGCUGAUCAUGUGCAUCAUUUCGUCUGUAGCCAACCUUCUGGCCGUGAUUACGACCGGGGUGUGGUUGGAUCACCUGAAUAAGAUCAAGGAAAGGACUGGCAUAGCGAAUGGGCUGAGUGGAAUGAUGUUGUUGGGAUCGGUGCUAGUAGGAGUAUGCUUUAUAUUGACGGCUGUUUUGAUAUGCCAUUAUUGGGCUUCGAACUCGUCCAAGUAUCAAGCUGUGGGAAGAAUGGCGGUAAGUUAUAUUGUAGUAGAUGGAAAACGCAUUUAAAAUGCCACAACUUAUUAAAAUUUUUAAAAAAUUUUAAUCAUAUUUAAAAAAUUUAAGCCAAUCAUUAUACAAAGCUUAAAAACGCAAAAUAUAUUGAAAAAUUUUUAGAAACGUACUCGCAGUGUUCGCCGCCGUUCCAGCCGGAACAGUGGAACGGACCGUUCCGGCCGCAGCUCGCGUUUAGAACGAAUGCCAUCGAUAAAGCAAUAUCACAUUGUUUGA